AAAAGUAUGCUUAAUACUUGCUUAAUUUUCGAAAGGGUACUUUUAAUCUGAAAAACAAAAAACCGAUGGGAACGUAUGCUGUUUAAAAUAUGAGAGCGCAGCAGACUCUGGGUGCUAAUGCAGCAUCCCGGAUGUAGGGAAGCAACAUCCAGUCAUCGUACGUACUGGAAACCGUCAUCCAUACACGCGCAGCUACGUAGGCUGACAUCCACCGAGAGGACUGGUGAGGAGGAGGAGGAAGAAGAAGAAGAGGAGGAGGAAGAGGAGAUGUCUGUGACGGUCUCUGUGUUUGUGUUCUCCUGGGCGGACUGUGCUCCUCUCCGCAUCCCCGGCCCCAGAGACGCUCCGUUCGGAAGAGACGCCUUCAGUCCGGUUUCUUCUCGCAGCGUCGCGCGGCUUCACCGGCCAUCCUAACCAGAUGCUCUCCGCCGGACUGGACCCGCUCAGUUUCUCGCCGACCGACCCCAGCGGAGCCUGAGCUCGAAGGAUGCAGGUGAAAAGCCAGAUCUGCACCGAGAGGAGCAGCACGGACGACCCGGAGCAGGAUGACAACCAGAAGAAGACCUCCUGCUUUUCCAACAUCAAGAUUUUCCUGGUGGCGGAAUGCGCGCUCAUGCUGGCACAGGGCACCGUGGGCGCCUAUCUGGUAAGUGUUCUGACGACUCUCGAGAGACGUUUUAACCUCCAGAGUGCCGAUGUGGGCGUCAUUGCCAGCAGCUUUGAAAUCGGCAACCUGGCCCUGAUCCUGUUUGUCAGCUACUUCGGCGCCAAGGCCCACCGGCCCCGGCUGAUUGGCUGCGGGGGGAUUGUCAUGGCAUUGGGGGCUCUGCUCUCAGCUCUGCCGGAGUUUUUGACUCAUCAGUAUGAGUAUGAGGCAGGGGACUCAUGGCAUGCCGAGGACGGCAGGGUCAUCUGCUCCAACAAAACCAGGUCAGAGAAUCGGGACUCUGGUUUUAACUGCGGCAACCGAGCCAACACCAACAUGAUGUACCUUCUGCUCAUCGGAGCUCAGGUUCUGCUCGGCAUCGGGGCCACUCCCGUCCAGCCUCUGGGAGUGUCAUACAUCGAUGACCAUGUCCACAAAAAGGACUCUUCAUUGUAUAUAGGUAUCUUAUUUUCAACACUAGUUUUCGGCCCAGCUUGUGGCUUCAUCCUAGGUUCCAUCUGUACCAAAGUCUACGUUGAUGCUGUUUUCAUCGACACCAGUAAGCUGGACAUCACCCCUGAUGACCCUCGCUGGAUCGGGGCGUGGUGGGGCGGCUUCCUCCUCUGCAGUGCCUUACUCUUCCUGUCGGCCCUCUUCAUGUUCGGCUUCCCCCAGGCGCUGGACGAGCAGGACAUGGACGCUCGAGGGGAGAGUGAGCAGGCCAUGCUGCCCACCUCCUUGAGCCUGGAGAGCCAGGACUCUAAACCCAACGGAGAGUUUCGUGGCUUCGACAUGAACAGCGGACUCUCAGUCUGGGAGCAUCUGAGAGUGAUCCCCCGGGUAACCAGGCACCUUUUGUCCAACCCGGUGUUCAGCUGCAUCACGCUGGCCGCCUGCAUGGAGAUAGCUGUGGUUGCUGGUUUUGCUGCUUUCCUUGGGAAAUACCUGGAGCAGCAGUUCAACCUCACCACUUCUUCAGCUAAUCAGCUGCUAGGUAUGACCGCCAUCCCCUGUGCCUGUCUCGGUAUCUUCCUUGGAGGGCUCCUGGUUAAGAAACUGAACCUCUCAGCUCUCGGAGCGGUCCGCAUGGCCAUGCUGGUCAACCUGGUGUCCACGGCCUGUUACGUCUCUUUCCUCUUCUUGGGCUGUGACACGGGGCCUGUUGCUGGGGUUACGGUGGCCUACAACAAUGAGACGCUGCAGUCGAAGAAGCAACCUGAGUCAGGCUGCAACAGUAACUGCAACUGCUACACCGCCUCAGUAAGUCCUGUCUGUGGCUCCAACGGAGUCACCUACAUCUCAGCCUGCUUCGCUGGCUGCACCAAACCAAACCUGAGCAGCUGUGGGUGCAUACCCAGUAACGGCGGCGAGAAUGAGGCCUCACCGGGGAAGUGCUCCAGCCCCCGCUGUCAGCAUGCGUUCCUCACCUUCCUGUGUGUCAUCUGUGUAUGCAGCAUGAUUGGAGCCAUGGCCCAGACGCCCUCCGUCAUCAUCCUUAUCAGAACUGUAAGCCCUGAGCUUAAAUCAUAUGCUCUUGGAGUUCUCUUCCUCCUCUUGAGGCUGAUAGGCUUCAUCCCUCCCCCUCUGAUCUUUGGUAUGGGCAUUGACUCCACCUGUCUGUCCUGGAGCUCGGUCUGCGGCGAGAAGGGCGCCUGCAUGCUGUACGACAACGUGGCCUACAGGCAUCUGUACGUCAGCAUCGCCAUCGUGCUCAAGUCCUCGGCGUUCCUCCUGUACGCCACUACGUGGCAGUGCCUGAAAAGCAACUACAGGAGGUACAUCAAGAACAACGAGGGCUACCUCACGCCCACUGAACUUUUCGCCUCCAAUGUGACUCUGGACAAUUUGGGUAAGGAGAUUACCCAGAACCCAAGUAACAGGACAAAGUUUAUAUACAAUCUGGAGGACCAGGAGACGAGUGACAACAUGGAGUCGGUUUUAUAGUGGCAAUUUACACGAGGCCAGCAGGAUCUGCUAGUGUGCAUCUGAUCUGAUGUACAGUCUCUCUCUCUUGGUGUUGUGCAACAUGUAGAGCGUUGUUCAUCCAAAACAUUAGAUCUGUUAAAAACAGUAACGGGACUUCCAAAAAAAAGAAAAGAAAAAAAAAAACAUUCGAAAUCACAAACUGACUUAGUAACGCAUUUAGUCAUUUGUGGUAUUUUUUUCACCUUUCAGUCUGAAAGCAAUGAAGGGUCAAAUAAAAUGCAACAGUGUUGGAAACCAAAAGUAUGGUGCUGGUCAGAGGUUCCCAUUCACUUCUCGUUAUCAUGAAUCUUAACGUUGGGUUUUUAGAUAUGCGUAACACCAAAAACUACAUUCUUUUUGUAGUCAUAAAAACAAUUCUGGCAUAACUCUGCCAGCAUAUUUGAUCACUCUUUCUACAAAAAUUGAUAGAUUAGCAUAGCAUUAUGCUAAUACAAUUAGCAUACCAACUUUCUUUGAUCUAUCCCGGUGGGCAGCUGCAAAUUUUAGCCAAGUUUGAAGGCAUCAGUGUUGGUGACAUGGUUUUAGAUGAACUGGAAACACAUCCAAACUAGUUUUGGUUGAAAUAUGAAAGCUGACUUUAAGUUUCUGGAACGGCUCUGACCCCAGCCAUAUUGAAAAUUUAAAAACCAUUUUCCAAAGUCUGCUCUGUGGCAAGAAACCAACAACUUUCAAUGAGUUCUACUAUUUUUGAUGAGCAGAAUGGUCAAGUAUCAAGCCAGUAUGUAUACAGAUAUAAAUAUUUAAAUAAUUGUAUAAAAUAAUGUAAGAUAACACGUAUUUACCCCACAUCUUAGUGUUACGAUAAUUCUACUGUGACACGGGAGACUUAACCCCCCAAAAUGAAUAGGACUUUCUUGUCAGUGAUGAAUGUAUGUACAUUUCUGACCAGCACUCUUGAUUUAUAUUAGGGUCAUCCCUGCUUUUUAGAUCUGAGUAAAAACCAGUUGAGUGUUUCUCAAGUGAGAUUAGAGAUGAAAAAAUUACAGUUUUUAAGCCUGACCUACUUGGAAACCAAACCAGAAGGAUUUUUAAAACUAACAUUUGUUAAUACUCUCCGAAACUCGUACUCAGUUUAUUCCUUAUGUUCAAACAAACAAACCUUAUUUUAGGUAUUAAAUCAAAAUAAAAUAUUUAAAAGAAAUGAAUACUAAAACAUGUAUCUUCUUGUUUUUGUGCCAGUAGCCACCUCAAGGGAUUUAUUUUUCAAAUAUUUUAUAUUCUCUAAAAAUGUCUCAAGAUAUCUAAGGGGGGAGAAGCUACUCAACCAAUUUUAUUUAUUGAAUUUUCAGACAUACCUAAAACACAUGAAUGUGAACCAAAAACGAAUAAUAAUCACAUCCUGUGAUAACGCCUCGGUACAUGCUGGACCAGACCAAUUUUCCUGAACAGUGAGCUCUUUCCUUCCACUUCAACAGAAAGCAUACAGAUUACAAAAAAAUAAAUAAAUAAAAAAAUUUAAACAUGCACUUAUAAAUACGAAUGUUACGUAACUAUCUUUGUAGCGUAAAAAAGAAAUACCUGAUUCAGCUAAACCAACAACAUAAUUCUAUCAGGACUGACAAAGACAUGCCGAUUAACAGAGUGGUCUAAUCCUACUUGUGGGGAUGUGCCCUGCAGCAGUAAUGCAUGGAUUUAAAAAAAAAAAAAAAAAAGCAACAUAAAAAACAUAACAAGCAAGAGACUUUGUGAAUAUGUUUCUUUCACGUUAUGGGAAACGAGUUGAACGCGAGAGCAACGCAACAAGACCUUUUGAGUCGCAGGAAAAACGGCUGUUAGCAUUAUGUCAGAGUUAGCUACAGUCAAACGCAUGCUGGUAACGCAUGCAUUUAAACAUAAAGACAAAUAUUCAGUAUAAAGUCACAGAGUUUUAUAGUUUUUUUGGCGGCAGCUCCUCAGCUGAACAUACGGUAUAUUAAACAUAAGAGUCCUCCAAACUGUGUUUUGGACUGUGAAAGAGCUUUAUGAUGCAUAAUGCAUUGCGAUGUUGCCAUUUUUUUUAUAUUCUAACUAUGCCGAGUCAUAAUCACUUAAGUGAUCAAAGUGGGGGGUUUUGUGUGUGUGUGUGUGUGUGUGUGUGUGAUUUCAAUGUUUUGUUGUUAAAACUGAUCUAAAGAGAUGUCUUGCAUACAUUAUAUUUAUUGAAACCCCCAGUAACUGCGUGUGAAACUUUAAAACAAAAUCAGCCUUUUAUUUUCAACAAUUACUGCACCACCGCUAAGUCCACUGGGGACUGCGGUGGCCAUGGACGAAGGUUUUGUUUUUAUGUUUCUGUGUUGAUUUGGCCAAAUGUUUUCACUUCCCUGCUGGACAUUCAGCAGAGAAGUGCUAACAGACAUUCAUUCAAAAAUUGCUGGAAUUUCAAAGAGUUUAUGAUGCCCCGCACUUUACCAAGGAUUUGAUUAUCUUUGGAGAAACAGGCCCGCUGGCUUUUACGCACCUUUCUCAGAAGUCCCAAAAAAUAUAGCCAGCACUGUACUGUACACAGUUCAGCACAGUAUAGUGCCACUUUCCGGCUAUUUCAGUAUUAUGUUUGUUUUGCAUCAAAAAUUCUCUACUGCUCCCAAUUCUGUUUAAAUAUGUAUACUAUAUGUGAUGUGGUAGAGAACUCAAGUUGAAUACUGGAAACAGAAGCAGUUUAGCUAGCCUGAAAAUUUGAAAACGACAUGAAUGGCUAGCGUGACUGGGUAGCUAGCUAGCUAACUCUUUUUUUAGCUGUAGGAACAGGAUUUGUGGUCGAGUGAACAAGGGUUUAGUUGUUUGCCAACCGCCAAUUAGAUGAAGAGAGAACAAAAGGUGGUAUGUGUUAUGUCUAAGGGUGCUGGCAGGUGACUUUUGUUGAGCCUGCCAGCAUGGAGCCAUGGUAGCUGCUUUGACAUCUAUUUGUGCUCCAAAUGUGUUUAGUUUUCUAAUUAGAAUAAAGGUUUUUUUUAAAAAAAAGGCAUGUAAGGACAAUCCCAAAGAUUAUUAAUUCAUCUUUGAAUUUGUAAAAGUCCACUUUUGCUUUCUGUUGAUCCGAUUUAUGGGGAAUUAUCCCACAUAUUGUGUUUCAAAAACUAUUUUUGAUGGUUAUUUUCGAAGCACACGACCCGUUGAAGAUCAUUUGUACCUACUUUAAUAAAGUAUUUAGAUAGCAGAGGAUUUAAGUACUAUAUUGAUGCUUCUGUAGCAUCAGAAACAGAUAAUUAUAUAAAUUAAAAGUGAUGUGGGAUAGCUUUAAUAUAUUGAAUAUAGCUCUAUGUUGGAAAUCAACCCUCAAUGGACCUAAAAUUGUGAUUUUGCUUUGAAUUGUGGGUAUGAUAUACUUAAAAACUGCUUUUUUGUUUGUUUGGCUUUUUUUUUUUUAUCAGAUAUUGCCUCAAAAUCUGACUACAUAAUAUUAGGUGGUAACACAGAUGUCCAGUCGGAGCUUCAGGACAACCAAUUUUUAAUGUUAAAAAUCAGAGUACUUACUGAAAGGGAAGGUUUGUGGGUUUCUUACUGACAACAACCUCCGACGGUGGCUUUGUCUUGGACAUUGGUAUCAUCUAGUCUGUCAUUGUACUAACUCUACUGUCCAUACAAGUGCCAAAGUGACACCAUAGAAGUGUUGUGUGCCGUCCUGAGGAGAAUAUAGUCUUAACGCGCUGCGGUGCGGAGCAGUUCCUUCAGCGUUUUGUAGCCUCUCUGUGAUGACCUCGGUUUAUUUUAACCAUAUCAUGCAUAAGUGUUCCCAAAAGAUUAUAACGCUGUUGUAUAUUGAUCUAGAGAACAGUAAUAUUUAAGAUGUAGUCACUGUUCAUAUGUAGGACUUUUCUACUAGUAAAGGUCUCGUCUAAUAUAGAUUAAUGUCUUUCCAUCUGUGGCAAAAUUGACUAAAUUUGUGUUGCUUUAGUCCUUAUGAGAACAACACAUUGCUUGUACUAAGAGUCUCUAAUGUUGAGCCACAGCUUGGCGUUGUACGAUUAAUACUGCAGAGAGCAGAAAAAAACAGCCAAACGUCAUAGAUUGCAUCCUUCCAACAGCGCCCUCAUGUCGGGCUCCCUGCUGACGAGAGCCAGUUGUGGCCAUAUCAACCUGUGCACUGUAACAUUUGCGACAAAAAAAAAAGCAACAACAAAAGAAAAAACAAGAACAUAUUGUAGGUGUGUCCAACGAGUUGGCAAGUGAGGCAACACUUGCUUGACCGUGUUUUCACCCGUGGCAAUAGGACUGUUUCUUUUCGCACCUAAAUGUGCUUGAAAUGUUUUUUGCCUUGUGAUGAGAAACUAACUUGAGAGCAUAUAUGUUUUUUUUUAAUUCUAUUUUCUCAUUAUUCCUUCUUUGAUGGCCUUGCGUUGUGAUUGACUUUAAUAGAGGAACUUUAUUAAUGAACGGAUUAUCAACAUAUGAAGAGUUUACUGUCCAAACACAACACCUUUUGCAAAAGUGUUAUACCUAUAGUGUUUUGCGAGAUAUUUUAGAAAAAGGAUUAUAUGUUCUGUAAAUAUGGCCAUAAUAAAAAUUUGGAUGGACUCUAGCAGUCAGAAAACUCUUCAUAUAUUCAUAAUAUCCUUUGGUUUGAGCCUUAGCAUGUUGCCUUUAAGUGAAACCUAGUGCUAACGGGUGUUAUGAUGGUUUAGAAUGAUAUAUAAGCUUAUAUUGUGGAUGGUAUUCAGUGUAUGAAUUUCAGGCUCUUUUGCAGGAGACCUUUAUGAAGGAAAGGGACACUGAAAUAAAAUAUUAUAACCUCUAUUUUCAAAGGCGCUCUUAAGAGUUUGAAAUGUGCCCUUUUGCUUCUCAAGAUAUUUUUCUUUAAGUCUUAUGAGUUUGUAUUUAAAGGCUUUAAGUUUUGUGUAUUUCUUGGAGAUGAAACCAUGAUUGUAUGUUUAUUGUAAAUAUAUUAAAUAUGCUAUUUUUGUUUUCAA